AGCAGCAGCGUUGAGAGACAUCAACCGCUGCGCUUGGGAUGGCGGCGCUGGCUUCGUCCAGGCGGAUCUGCUCCGCGGGGGUGAGGCUGCUUGCCGGAGCAGAGCGUUCCCCAUUCGCCGCCGGAUCCCGAUCCCAGUACUUUGUUGCUGGUGUUGAGUGACUUGUGUUUUUGCGAGCAUGUGGAGCUGUUAAUUCUUGGAUGUUUUGUUGUUUGUUACUGUAUCUGUCUUGGCUAUGGGACUUGUUUCUGAUUUCUGAAGAGCAUUUGCAGGCACGCACCCUUCAUGAGUCGACAACUGAAGUGAUGUGCGCACAGCGUGAGAAGGCCAUCGAAGAUACCAAGCUGAUGCUAGAAAAGGAGCUGAAUCAACUGAAGACUAAUAUGGAGAAAAGGUUUAUUGACCAGGAAAGAAGUUUUGACAAAGCCGUUCUUGAGCUUCGCUAUGACUUGAAAAAGGAUGCCGACCAGCAAAACCUGAAGCAUUAUGUGGAUUUGCUGAAGGUAAAGUUAGAAAUCAAAGCAAAUGAUUUCAAAAUGGAGGAGAUGCUUAAAAGUCAAGGACAUAAAUUCGACCUGAAAAUCCGUGAUCAUGACAUAAGGACACUCAAAGGCUUGGGUUGGUUCUUCGGAUUCAGCACUGUGUUCCUGUGUCGCUCCUUACUAUUUGGUUCUGAUUCGAAGAAGACAUCAAGCAGUGAAUAGGUGGUGGGUUCCAAUUCCCAGGAAAGAAAGCAGUAAAUAAAUACUCCUCGAGGUGGUCAAGAGACCGUGGCAAUUUUGUAGUCUGUAGUUGGUGGAUGCUGGAUAUGUGCGAUCUGUUGCCUUUUAGUUCCAGAACUUUAAUGAAUUCUGUCCAAGUUUAGCUCAUAUACCUUUUAUUGGGCAACCUUUAGUUACAGAACUUGAAGGAAAUCUGUUCAGGUAUAGCUCAUAUGCCCCUGAUUAGGCACACUUUA